AUGGCCAACCUGCUGACCUUCGCUCACUCUGGUCCCGUCCCAUCUAGCACGCAAGACAGCAUUAUUGCGGUUCCCGACCUUGAUUCUAGAGCCCAUCCCACGUCUCACCGUCUUCUAUGGAAGAACACUGCCCCGGGAGUCGAAAUCAAGGGCAGCAAGAAGCUCCGUAUACUCACUGUUGGCGAUUCCAUCACCGCCGGGUUUCCCUGGCACGGAGAUGGGAAUGGGUACCGGGGAAAGCUUCGUGAAGACCUGUCAAAGAAUGAUGUCGUCUUUGCGGGGACUAUCACCACUGAUAAGAGCACCAUGAAGGGGAAUUACUAUGAUGCAUGGCCGGGAAAGACUAUCAAGUACAUAAGCGAUCGAGUUGAUGCGUCGUUGGCACAGAGGCCGAACAUUAUCCUCCUUGCCGCCGGAACCAACGACAUGAAUUCAAACCCCGACAUCGCGGCAGAAGGUAACGACCCUGCCAACGCUGCCGCGCGACUCGGAAACCUCAUCGAUAAGAUGGUCGCCAAGUGCCCUGAUGCUACCAUCCUGGUCUCCAUGAUCAUGCCCACCUGUGGCGAUAGCCAUCACGCGGCCCAGAAUCAGCGUACCACGCAGUUCCAGAAGCUUACGUCGGAGGUUGUCAAGGAGCGCUUCGAUGCGAACAAGAAGGUGUUGGCUGCAGACUUUGUUGGGUUUUGGCCAAAUCUGAUUUCCAGCGACUGCGUACAUCCUUCCGAAGCUGGAUACCAUAAGAUGGGAGACAGCUGGUAUGACUUCAUUACUCAGAUCCCCAGUGGCUGGAUUAAGGCACCUACCGGGCCCGACCCUACUCAUUGA